GUGGCAACAAAAUAAAAAAUCAUAAUAAUACAACAAUUCCAAACAAAAUGAAGUUAUUAAUUGUACUAGCUUUGGUGGUGGCCACAGUUAGCGCAGCUAGCUUGGAUUCGAUUGUCAAACCCGGAUUUCCAGAGGGCCGUAUUAUUAAUGGUCAUGAAGCUGCCAAAGGAGAGGCUCCUUUUAUUGUCUCUUUAAAAGCCGGUUCACAUUUUUGCGGAGGCAGCAUUAUAGAUGAACAUUGGGUCGUGACUGCUGGUCAUUGCUUGAUCUAUAGUAGCUUUGAGGUUGUUGCCGGUCUCCAUCAACGUAACGAUGAGUCUGAUGUCCAAAUUCGUAAAGUCCCCAGCAAAUCCUUCCAAAUUGCUCAUGAAAAGUAUGGCGGAAAUGUUGGACCCUAUGAUAUUGGCCUUAUCUAUAUUGCUGAACCUUUUGACUUAAAAACAUUGGCUCGUGAUGGCUCUGCUACCGUUGCAAAGAUUAACUUGCCUUCUGGUAAAUAUUCCCAAACAGGAAAGGGCAAAUUGUAUGGUUGGGGACGUGACAACUCUGGUGCAUUACCCAACACUUUGCAAACUUUGGAUGCUGAUAUCAUUGGUUACACGCAAUGUAAAGCUGCAUUGCCCAGCUCUGCUCCAAUCGAUCCUGUUAACAUUUGCUCGUACACUGCUGGCACUACCGAUGGUGCUUGCAAUGGUGACUCUGGUGGCCCAUUGGUACGUUACACACCUGAUGGUGCCGAAAUUGUAGGUAUCGUGUCCUGGGGUUACACUCCUUGUGCAUCUACCAAAUAUCCAUCUGUAUACACCAUGACCUCGGCCUUUAACGAUUGGAUUCAAAAGACUAUUGAUAAUUUCAAUGUUGUUGAUAUGCCCUAUUACAUGAAGUUAUUAAUUGUACUCGCUUUGGCAGUAGCCACCGUUAGUGCGGGCAGUGUUGAUUUUAUUCCUCAACCUGGGUUCCCAGAGGGUCGCAUCACUAAUGGCCAACAAGCAGCGAAAGGAGAAGCUCCUUUCAUUGUUUCUUUAAAAAGUGGUUCCCACUUCUGCGGUGGCAGUAUUAUUGACGAACACUGGGUAUUGACAGCUGCUCAUUGCUUGAUUUAUAACAAUUUCCAAGUUGUUGCUGGUUUACAUCAACGUAACGAUGAAUCUGACGUUCAAAUUCGUCAAGUUUUGGCUCGUGAUGGCUCUGCUCCCGUUGGAAAGAUUAACUUGCCUUCUGGCAAGUAUGAACAAACUGGCAAGGGAAAAUUAUACGGUUGGGGUCGUGACAACUAUGGUGUUUUGCCCAACACUUUGCAAACCUUAGAUGCUGAUAUCAUUGGUUAUACUCAAUGUAAAUCUGCCUUGCCUAGCUCUGCUCCCAUCGAUCCCGUUAACAUUUGUUCCUACACUGCUGGCACCACGGAUGGCGCUUGUAACGGUGACUCUGGCGGUCCUUUGGUACGUUACACUGCUUCUGGUGCAGAAAUUGUUGGUAUUGUUUCAUGGGGAUAUACUCCAUGUGCCACAACAAAAUACCCAUCGGUAUACACCAUGACCUCGGCCUUCAACGAUUGGAUUCAAAAUACUAUUGAUAAUUUCAAUGCUCAUAAUUGUUACUAUAAAAACACUUGCUUAACUGAUCAAAAUUGCAGUGUAACAAUUUUAGUAAACGACAUGAAAUUAUUAAUCGUUCUUACUUUAGCAGUAGCCUUCGUUAGCUCUGCUAAUUCUAAGAUUGUCCCAAAAAUCCGCAUUGUUAACGGCAACAUAGCCCCAAAAGCAGCAGCUCCAUAUAUGGUUUCUCUAAAAGGUUCUCAUUUCUGCGGUGGUAGCAUUAUUGACGAACACUGGGUCCUGACAGCUGCUCAUUGCAUGACCUUCGCAAAUUUUGAAGUUGUCGCUGGUUUAUAUAAUCGCAAUGACGAAUCUAAUGCCCAAAUACGCCAAGUUCCUAACACAGACGUUCAGAUUAUUCAUGAAAAAUAUGUUGGUGAAGUUCAACCUUACGAUAUUGCUCUGAUAUAUAUAGCCGAACCUUUCGUUCUAAAUAAGCGGGUUGCUAAAAUUAACUUGCCAUCUGGCAAAUGUGGACAAACUGACAAGGCAACAUUAUACGGUUGGGGUCGUAACAGCAGUGGUAUCAAUCCCAACACUUUGGAAACUUUGGAUGUUGAUAUCGUUAGUUACGAAGUAUGUAAAGAAGCUUUCCCUACAAAUCUGGGCGCACAGGUUGAUCCCGUCAGUAAUAUUUGCUCUUUCACCCCUAAUAAAACCGAUGGUUCGUGCAAUGGUGACUCUGGUGGCCCACUAGUCCGUAAAACUUCUGAUGGUGUUGAACUUAUUGGGCUUGUAUCAUGGGGUUACAUCCCAUGUACUACCACUUAUCCCUCUGUGUAUACUAAGGUUUCUACAUACAUAGAUUGGAUCCAGGAGGUUAUUGCCAGUUUUAAUUAGAGUUCAUAAGAAACAUCUUUGUAAAGUAAUAAUACACUUAACAAUAAAUAAACAUCUUUGUUAAGUAAUAAUAUUCUUAACAAUAAAUUUAUAUAAAGGAUA